CACGUGGCUCUCCUGUGGGUGGGACGGGUCAGCUGACCAGCGGUGGAGGAGAAGUGGAGGAAGCCCAGCUGAGAGCUGUUGGGGCCUAGCAGUUUUGGCGUCGCCAUGGCCAGUCAGUCGCAGGGUAUCCAGCAGCUGUUGCAGGCGGAGAAGCGCGCCGCGGAGAAGGUUUCUGAAGCCCGCAAACGAAAGAACCGGAGACUGAAGCAAGCAAAAGAAGAAGCACAGGCUGAGAUUGAGCAGUAUCGACUGCAGAGGGAGAGAGAGUUUAAAGCCAAAGAAGCUGCGGCUCUUGGUAGCCAUGGCAGUUGCAGCUCUGAAGUAGAGAAAGAAACCUUGGAGAAGAUGUCUGUCCUCCAGAACCACUUCCAGAAGAAUAGGGAGGAAGUCCUGGAAAACCUGUUGGCUUUUGUGUGUGACAUCCAUCCAGAAAUCCAUGAAAACUACCGUAUAAAUGGAUAGGAUAAAAGAAAUAAGCUCAUAUUCGAUAGAUAGGUUGGCAGUUCAGUUGUCCUACUGUAGAAUGUGAAGCUUUAGUCGUCCUGCAAUUCCAUUCUUGUAUAAAGAUUUUAAAUUAUUUCUGUAUAGUAUUUAGUAUGGUACUUUAAUCUUUUUGGAGUCUGAAGAAUCUGACUUCAUACAGACUGGAAGCUCAUCCAAAGAGUGAAUAUUCUUAUCUUUUAUUUCAUACAAACUCAUUUUGUGAGUACAGCUUUUUUUGUGCUUUUUAGUUGGUAAGCUGGAGAAUGCUACCAUCCCUGGAUGGUUUUAGUGAUGAAGAAAAUUCCUUAAAGAAAGGAGUUAAAAAUUUUAUACAAUUUUAUGUAGCAUUCUCUAGAGCUUCAUUAUAUUAAACAUCAAUGAAGCAUUGGGAAGCAAUGGGCAUUCUUCAAAUAGCCCUAUCUAGAUGGGUUUAGCAUAAUAAUGUUGCUGAUAUAGCCAUUUAGAAUCCUUUCAGUUACCCUUGAUGAAAGAGUACCAGCUGAUGGAACUUGGGUGCUUAUGAAUAACUUGUUACAUUUAGAAUGGGGAUGGUCACUUGAAAGUAAAGACUAUUUAACAUUCCUUACCUUGCAUCUUUUCCUUUGGCUCGUGUUUUUAAAGAAAUAGUUCAAAGAAGCCAGUUGCCCUAUAAUAUGUUAUUUGGAAAAUUAAUAGUCCCCAAAACCUUUAGAAAAUGUGCAUUGUAGGCAUUGUUUGGGGGGGAAGGGAAAUAAUUUUUCUAGCUCAUGUUAAUCUAUUGACAUUCUCAUAGAUCCUCCAUAUUACUGACUUUUGAUGUCUUGUUUAAUUUGCAAAGUGGUUUCUAGUGUUCUAAAUGUUUAAAGCCUGUAGGAGCCUCAUGCCAUCUAUAGGCAUGUAAGUGUAUCAUGUAUAGGUCACUGGAGUUAAUCAAGUAUUUAUUGAGCUUCCACUCUUUCAGCAUUGUGUCGGGUGCAGUGAGGCAGGCACUAAGGUUAUAGGUACUGGCCAGUCCUCAAGGAAUUAUUUUGCAAUUGCUAAAUUUUUUCAUUGAUGGAGAACACACUGGAAUUCUUUGGGGUUUCUUAAAGAAAAUCUCAUUUUAUGCUGACCACCCUGCUAGGAGAAGGCUAUAACAUUAGAAGAAUCUUCUGUUAUAGUAAUAACAUCUUCACAAAUCUCAGGAGUUUUAGAACUGUCACUGGUGUAACUUUGAACUUGGGAUCUCAGAGUUUUUAAUACUUGAAAGCUUUGGAUCUGUUCAUAGCUUUAAUUUUCUAAUUCCUCUGGAGAGAACUCACUAGAUAACCUCUUCUAGCUUUAUGAUUCUCUAAAAAGGAUCACACUGUCUCAAAUGAGUAUUGUAUAGAUAGGUCCAUGAAUCAUUUGAAGGUAGUAGUGCUAUAGUUUGGCCAGUAGGAUAGGGAUAGAGGCUAGACCUUCUUAAUUAAUGUAAGGAAUUUCUGAUGAAGAGACUCUUACAGAUGCAAGUCAGCAUUUGUCUGAUAUCUAUUUGCCAAUAGUUUCCCCCCCUUCCCCCUAAAUAGCCCUGUGAGAAUUGUUUGCCUGUGGAAUUUGCAUUGGUCCAUCUCAGAUGUCUACCUAUUGACAUUCAAUAACUUUUACUUCUCAUUCCCCUUAAAGACCACUUAUUCUUAAUACACCCCCCCCUCCAAAAAAUAUAAAGGAGAGUCAUCAUAUUCAAUUUCUUUGACAUCUGCUAAAUGCCAUAAUUCUGUCUUUAUAUCAAUUCAAAUAAAUAAUGACACAAAAUUUAUUCAUUUGCUUCCAAAUCUUGGCCAUCCUAAUUAAUUUAUAUUUCACUUAUCAAAUGCCUCAAACAUAAUUGAAAAAACCUGUGAUCCUAAGCCCAAAUAUUCAGGAAACAGGUUAAUCAUCUGAUCAUCUUGGGUGUCAUUCAGCUUAGGGUCUAAAUCCUCUUCUAAGUUUUUGGUUGCCUAACUUCCAGUGUCCUAAACUCCAAAACAGUUUUACAGCAGGGAAACUGUGCUGUUGUGGAUAGAACAGGAAAAUUUGUCUAUCAAAACUUUUUUCUCAACUGUAGCUGAGUGGAGGUACUGCACUGGGGUUUGUGUUUUAAUUCUCUGCCUAAAAAUAAGCCCAAUCUUGCUUCUUAGUGGGUAGAGUCAUGAUGCCCUUCUGGGUAGAUUAUUCUCCAUUUUUAUAUAUGCACAUCAAUAUUGUACAUUGACAUGGAUGAGUUAACUAUAAUAUAUUCACUUUUAUAUAGCUCUUACUUUGAAAUCUUGUGUAGGUAAUAGAAUUAUGAAUAUUCCUGGUUGAGGGAACUAAGGCUCAGAGAAGGUAAAUGGGGAAUGAGUGGUUAAUCCUUUUCAACAAUCUAAUUUGAAUAGUGGUUACCAUACUUUUGGCUAACCAUUCUUUUUGUAAGAUGCCUGACAUCUACAAAAAUAGUAAUUGAUUAAUAAAGGCUUUCUGAAUCUA